AUGAUUACCAUACCAAACUGCGGUGGACAAAAUAUUACAGAAUUCUACGCUAGUUCACGCCGAUCGUCCUUGUAUAAAACGUUGCGAGUUCGAUCGCAAUCCAUCAGUUACACGAGAGAUGGUCGUGUAUUAAUCAAUGGAGAAUUGUUAAGAAAAUCAAUUCCAAAUGAAAAAUGGGGUGAACUAAUUAGAGGAAGCAUUAAAUUUACAGUUUUUGAACAAUAUCGACUUACUUCAAGUCUGAGUGAAGGCAAUCUUCAUCAAGCAAAAUAUUUAGUCGCAGGCUCAUUUGGACAAACAGAACUUGUAGAAAGCAGAUUAGAAAAAAAUAUUGGCAGAAAUUCAGCCGAUCAAUCUGGUGAUAAAGUCGCAGAUGCACAACCGAAAAAGCAGAAGAAAAAUGCAAAAGUUAAUGAGAAGAAUUUUAGCGAACAAAAUCGACAUGAAAAUCAGACAUUGCACUAA